CACAAGUUGCGACAAGCCAUCCUCAAAGGCAGCAUGGCUCGGAGUGGGAAGCAGCCAGACACCAAUAUCUCUGACGAGUCUUUUGAAAUGGAAAAAAUGGAGGGCAUUAGAUUGGGACGUGACUUCCAGAAACAUGAGGAUGUUGGGCCCACGAGGGAUGUGGUGUGUCCGGGUGCCUUGUAUGAGGUUAGUACCAGCCUCACACCAACGUGUAUUGACAGCAGCACUCCCAAGUCAGGUAGCCAGACUGGCAGACUGCCUAUGUUGCUUCAAGCCAAACAUAAUGAAUUUUGCCCAUCUGACAUUGGCCCUUGUCAUAAAGUUCUCCGAGAUGUAGGCACAGGCUCUGCUGACGUGAAUGAUUCCAGUGAGUCAAAGUUACAGACACCUGAACUCACCGAGAAGCGGGGGGAGAAAAACUGGUUGAUGGGGAAAGGGCAACUGCUGGAGAACUCUCCUGGCCAGGUUGCCACAACACCACUGAUCAACCAAGACUGUUUUAUGAGCUCUGAUGUUUUCUUACAAGAAAUGAAAUGUGCUCAGACAAGCUUCCUUCGUCGUAAGGUUGUCCUGACAGAAAGUGGAGGGACUCCUGGUGUCCAGUAUGAGUCUCCAACGGUUGAAGUGCACGCAGUAUAUGAUCAUGAGGAACAUGAGCAGAACAGGGUUGUUGGAGAGAUAAUUCCACCUGUAUGUGGAAACUCCUCUCCGCAAAUCUCCCCCAAGUCCAGUGUCAGGGAUGCUUGUGUUGAGCUGCCCCCUGAUCAUCUUCUGGAACCUUCUGGAACUGAUGAAAAUGACUCCUUUUGGAAUGUUACACAUAAUGUACAAUGUAUCCCCAUAAAAGACAAAGCAGGAAACUUUGGAGGUGAAUCUGAGAAAACAGAAUGUGUGUAUGAGAUAUCUGCUAAGUUUCCUGAAGGAGUGGUGAUUGAUUGUAAAAUGUCACAAAGCACUAUUGCAAAGGCAAGGGAUUCUUCUGAAAAAUGUAGUGAAGAUUCAAAGAAUGCCCCUGAACCUCGCGCUGACAGGCAGUGGUCUCAGUCUCAUCUGACAGAAGAGUCCUCUCCGAAUGAUCUCACACACACUCAGAUGUCUUCUCAAUGUUCUACUCUGACAAGCAGCUUGGUAUUUCUUGGAGAUGCCCAAAAAGGUCAUGAGGAGAAAGUUCUGGAUAGCACUUUCAGUAUGGGUGAGGAAGGUAAUGACGAUGACAUUUUGGACAAAACCUUCACUGUGGCUGAGAGAGAUGAAGGACCAUCCAAACAGAUUGCCCCCAGUGGAGAAGACCCAGCAAAACACCUGGUCAAUACUGAGGACCUGGAGGUCAUUGAGCGUUGGGUUGACGAUAAGCUGGCCAGGAUAGAACACAAGAUGAAAAUAGCACCUCCACCCUCAGGGUCAAAAGAGCUCCAGUCACUGGUGAGCACGGUGGGUCUGGGCGAUGACACCUCAGCACCGUCUAUCGCUGUGGUUGGGUCAGAGGUGGGGCCCGUCAAUCCCGGAGGACACUCAAAUGUGACGGAGAUUGUUGCGGAGGAUCACUCAGACAUUCUGGCCUGUACAAAGCUUGUUGGAGGAGGAGACAGUGAGCUAUUGAAAAUAAACUCGGCCAAGUCUGUUCCUGAGCUUGAUGGGUGUGACUUUGAGUUCCAGGAGUUCUACAUUGAUGAUGACUUUGACAGCUUCAUGUGUAUGCCACCUGAGGCCGGUGGCGAUGCGGAGGCUGCUGUGGACAGCAACCGCUCCACCCGAAUCUACACCAGCUGGUCAGGAGUCCCCAGCUCAGACAAAAGUGCCAAAGGUGAUUCGGGGCGGUGUGAUGUCAAACACCAAACUGGCAAACCACCGUCAGGGUCGAGAGUGAGACAAAAAGUUGCGACUGACAUCAACUUGAACAGAGGGAAGCCGAGUCCAGGAAGUGUUGAGAUGCAAUGUGCUAGCGUUGAAUGUCUCUACAGUAUUAUCAGUACUGGGGAUAACCAAAACAUCUCUGAGAGCCAUAACAGCAUGGAUGGGAAGACAGCAAACUUGUUUCCAUUAGGGAACGGGAUUUGCAACCUACUGGGAUCGAGGGUGGGGGUCAGUGACCCUGAUUUGAGUAUUAGCUCAGCAGCCGAGUGGAGAGAGGAUCAGGCAAAGGUCAUGCUUGAGAAAGAUAGCAAAAUCGGAGAGGAAGAUGAUGAUACACUGUGUGGUCAUUUGGUGGCAGAUGUUGACCUAAGUAACGCCAGGGAAGGGAGCACUGUAGAGAAAGGCCUAGGUGGAAAUGGCCCUGAACUGGCUGUAUCUUCUGCUGCCAAGUCAAGAUCAGGUGUUGAAAGGUCAAAGUCAGGUGUUGAGAGGUUAGGAACAGGUGUUAACAGUUUGAAGACAAGUAUUGAGAGGUCAAGGUCAGGUAUUGAAAGGUUAGAGACAAGUUUUGAAAGGUCAAGGUCGGGUGUUGCGGAGCUGAAGUCAAGUGUUGACAGGUCAAGGUCAGACUCUGUGAGGUGUGCCGAAGUGUCAGAGAGGAACAGAGGUACAGGUGCCAUGACAGUUACAAGUCAGACCCAGACUGAGAACAUUGGACAGGACAGAUGCGUGGGCGUGCCCCAACAAACUUCAUUGUCAACUCAUAGUGCAAAUAGAGAGGUGGAGAGGGAGGACUCGGAAUCUACAGACAGCGAUAUGUGGAUUAAAAAGAACUUAAAACGUAUUCAAAGCAAGAUCUUGCGAAGACGAAGGCGCCUUAAGUAUGUCGUAAGCAGUGAUGAAGAAUCAAAUUUCAAAGAUGGUACACUAGACACUACAAACAUGUUGUCUUCUACUUCUAGUUAUGUUGGGAUGAUGGAAUUCCAAAUGAGUGAUAAGAGAAGCUAUACUGACAAUCAAGGCAGUGGGAUUUAUCCUGAUGAGAUGGAGCCCUUACACACAGAAAUAUGUCAUUUGGAGGACUCAUGUAGAAAAUAUUCACCAAUGUCUAAAACGACUUUUGACGGUGAUGAGAGUAUUGUGCUGGCCAGUACCACUGCUGCCACACACAGAAACAGUAAAAAUGGACGACAGGUCAAGGACAAACUUUCGACAAAGUUUUCUGCCAGUAAAAGGAGCCAGAAGCUUAUGUCCUCACGUGAUGUACAGCAGACAGUGCCCAGACCCAGGGACAGAUGUUUAAGGAAAAAUCUGAAAGGUCAAAGCUGCUCUCUUUACUCAGAGAAAAAGGAUCCCUGUAAAGGUAUUAAAGUUCCCCAAGAUUGUACAAAUCUGGAGACUUUCCAGGAUCUCGACGCUGAAGACGAGAGGAAAGAUGAGUUAUCUGAUGAAGAGACAAAGUCAGAGAGGAGAAGAAGAAGUUUCCACUCCUCUGUUGUCUAUCAUGGACACAGGAAAAGUCUCGCGGAUAACUCAAGCAGCAGCAAAGAACCCCAGCCAAGUGUAUUGGAAAGGCCAGACAAGUCAAGGUCAUCUUCCAGACAAGGUCCUGUGGCCAAGCCGCGUUCUUCUCUGAGGAAAUCUCCCAACAGUCGAGAAGAGUACUCACAGGAGAGCUCUAACUUUAGGGACACUCUGGAGAAGACCCUCCUGUCUCAGUUAGACAAGCGCAGACAGAGCCAAAUUGUUAGACACCGUCAGAAUGAGAGCUGCGUGGAAGAAGCGAAAGAGUCUUCUGUCCGAAUGUGGAUAGCCAAUCACAGACUCGGGGAGGGUUAUGGUAGGGGUUUGAGGGAAACACCUGAGAACCCAGCCACAAAGCCAGUGCAGAAAACACCUGACAGGCCGCUGUGGAAGAGUGGCAUUUGUAGGGAAACUGUGUCUGCAGCAGCUGCUAAUGCCGUCAGCUCAAGCCACAAGGACAGAGUGGAUGCUGGAUGGGGCUCCGUCAAGGACAUCGGUGAAGGUAUUGCUAGUGAGAGCCUGAAGAUGUCAGAGCCAGGAGGCGUGGAUGGAGCUGCACGCAAAGAUGAAACAAGCAAUCGCCACAGAUUCACGUCUGUCGGAGUUUCCUCAGGGAAAUGUUCUCUGGAAGUACCUGGCUCGGAUGGCUCUGGAAAGAGGAGUAAAAAAACUUUUGGUAGACGAGGAGCUGAGGCAAGGUCACGGUCACUGGAUCUUGGGGAUGGAGUUACUGUUCAGCAGUUGGGAGCAGAGCACUGCUUGACCCUUGACCUUCGUCCAGAGGAAGAGCUACUUGGAGGUGGCACAGGUAACAAAUUGCGAAAGAAGUCUUCAUUUGGUCUGCACAGAUUCUACAUUCCACGUGACGUAUGGCCGGGGGGCUGCAAAGCCCGUCUGAAUGUGCAUGUGGACCCCACGGACCCCAAAGUCCACCGAGUGACGGGCACAGCCAUGGACCCGACUAGUGGACACAGUGAGGUUCUCAUUGACCAGACGCUGGUCACGAAGAGGCUACGCUCCACGCUACAGAUGGACUGAUGGCGCCGAGGGUGAAGUGAGUGGUCCUAAGGUGACUGACCAGAUGAUGAUGACUAAGCGGAUGGACUGAUGAUGACUCAGCAGAUGGACUGAUGAUGACUCACCAGAUGGAAUGGUUGCUUUUAAGCUCAAGUGGGCUAUCCCGAAAAAUGCUGUUUUGAAAAAAUUUAAGUUAAAGUUUUUGGAUUCUUAUUCAGUCUCUUUAAAAGACAAGGAGAGUUUUCUCUAUAACCAAACAAAUAUACACACCAAUGAAACCAAACUUCUCCUCCCAUAGGUAGGGCAAUGCCCACUUUUGAUGUAGGUCUAUUUCUGGAAACCCCCAAAAUCUGGGUUAGCCCGCUUGUCCUUAAAAGCGACCAAAUGGUUAUGACUCAUCAGAUGGAAUGAUGAUGACUGAGCGGAUGGACUGAUGAUGUGUUUUGGAGUGUGUGCAUGUUAGUAACGAGCCUCUGAUUACUGGAUUUAGAGUAUGCGUUUUGCAUUUGGUGUGUUUUCUGUUCUCAUUCAUUUGUUUCAAGUUUUUAACAUUAAAUGUUAUAAUCAUUU